ACCAUCUUUUACGGAAAUGUGUGCAUGUCCUUGAUUAUGAAGUAACGUGGAGAGGAAUAAGCUUCAUCUGAUGGUGUAAUUUGUCGCUUAUCCAAUUCAAAGGCGUGUCAACAACACCAGCUCAGUGACCAUGCCUCUCCACAAGUACCCCCCAAAAAUCUGGGAAGCCAUGAAACUGAAGCAGGGGAUCUAUGCCCGCCUCCCCAAACACUACCUCCGCUCUCUGGAGGAGACCACGCAGCCCACCCCGGUCCACUGGAAGGCCCUGGGAAUCAAGUACAGGGCCAACCCCAAAACAGGGCACAAGGAGCGGGUACAAGACGUCCCCAUCCCCAUCUACUACCCCCCAGAGUCCCAGGAUGGCCUAUGGGGAGGUGAGGGAUGGAUAUCAGGCUUUAGAUAUGCCAACAAUGAUAAACUCUCCACCAGGCUGGAAAGAGUCUGGAAGCCACAGCUGUUCACCAGAGAGUUGUACAGUGAGAUCCUCAACCACAAGUUCACCAUCACCGUAACGGCUCGCGCACUAGACCUCAUUGAUGCUGCCUACGGCUUUGACUACUACAUCCUGAGGACACCAAAGGUGGACCUGAACUCCAAGCUAGGAAUGGACCUGAGGCGGGCCAUGCUCCUGAGGCUGGCCUUUAAAGACACCCAGCUCUACCCAGAGGACCCUGCCAAGAGGGAAAACAUCUACACCAAGUACAAACAGCAGUUUGAGAUCCCUGCAGAGGAGGCUGAGUGGGUUGGCCUGAGUGUGGAUGAGGCCGUGGAGAAACAGAGACAACUGGAGCACAAGGAGCCGGAGCCUCUGUUCAAGAGCUGUGUGGAGAACCUGGUGAAGGAGCUGGCCAUCCAGAAACUCUCUGAACCACAGCUGGUGGAGAAGAAGUAAGGGUCAUUUUCUAAGGAGCACUAAGGUCACUUCCUGUUGACAGUGACACUUUGUCCCAUUGAAAGACACUUAUUUAUUCAGGUUCUAUUUUUCAGCAGCUAAUUUGGACAUAUCUCCAUCUGGGUUGUUAUGAUGUAAAUAUUCCCCAUUCCUCUGUUUGAUAGUGAGACUUUCCUUGAUCAUUGAUAUAUAAUUUGUCUGAGGAAUAAAAUAUUCACAUUU